UACAACAGAGUCUUAGGUGCUGUAGCUCUGGCCAUUCCGUCUCUUACCAGAGAUGAUGAUGGGGCUUUAAGCCUCCGCAGCAUCUUCUUUUCAUUUUGAUUGUUUCAUUUUCAGAUUUUUAUUUUUAUUUUGAAGGCAAACAUAUAUUUUUUGCUCGACCAGAACCCUGCUAAUUAUUUGGAUUUACCCAGACUAUGAUUUUGGAGACUUGCCUUUGACCAGUAGCACAACUCGCGUAUUUUAGACCCUAGUUUUGCUGUUUUGUGUGUCCUCACUGAAGCUUUCUGCACCUUAGGUUUACUUUUUUUCUAGGGCCCACAUUUUAUCAAAUGCUUCAUAUUGUUUAGAGAACGAGAAGCAUUUUCUCCUCUGUGGACUCAUGCGUCUUCUGGCUUUAGAAAGCAUGGGUGAUUGAGGUUCAACAAAAAGUGAAUCCUUUUUUUUUUUUAUCACUGAAGAAACGUGUUUUGAGCCUCGUCAUAUCUCAUCCUUCGUCUUGUCACCUGUGAGGACACGGGGAAGAGUUUAUCACUUAAGACCCCCCAGGAGCCCCUUCCAGCCAUUGCAUGACUGCACAACUCUGACGCAUCUGCAGAGGGACAAGACUGCGGCAAUGGAAAGUAUUUCUAAUGAAAGUGACUUUUGGCAAUUCAACGAAUCCUGGAGGAACUCAAGUCUCCUUAACGGUACCGGUGGGUCGAAUCAGACGAAUCCUCUGAAGCGGAAUGAGGAGGUAGCGAAGGUGGAGGUGACUGUGCUCGCCUUGGUGCUGUUUCUGGCGCUGGCGGGGAACCUGUGCGUCCUGCUGGCCAUCCACACCACCAAACACAGCCAGUCCCGUAUGUAUUACUUCAUGAAGCACCUGAGCAUCGCCGAUCUAGUCGUAGCCAUAUUUCAAGUUCUCCCUCAACUUAUCUGGGACAUUACAUUUCGCUUCUAUGGACCGGACAUUUUGUGCAGAUUGGUGAAAUACCUGCAGGUCGUUGGGAUGUUCGCGUCAACUUACAUGUUAGUUCUGAUGUCCGUAGACAGGUGUUUGGCAAUUUGUCAGCCCCUUCGUUCUUUGCACAGAAGAAAAGACCGUUUCUAUGUCAUAUUUUCCUGGGUCCUGAGCCUGCUCUUCAGUAUCCCGCAGAUGUUUAUCUUUUCCCUGACAGAGGUUGGCUCGGCCGGAUCAGGAGUGUAUGACUGCUGGGGCGACUUCGUGAAGCCUUGGGGAGCCAAAGCUUAUAUCACAUGGAUCAGCCUCACCAUAUAUAUCAUUCCAGUGGCCAUACUGAGCAUCUGCUAUGGUUUGAUAAGCUUCAAAAUAUGGCAAAACUUUAAACUGAAAACCAGGCGGGAGCAGUGUAUAAGCCUGACGCCCAAAACCUCCAAAGGCAACACACUGGCCCGCGUGAGCAGCGUUAAACUAAUCUCCAAGGCGAAGAUAACCACUGUGAAAAUGACUUUUGUCAUCGUCCUGGCUUAUAUCGUCUGCUGGACCCCCUUUUUCUCUGUUCAGAUGUGGUCUGCGUGGGAUCCAGCAGCGCCUCGUGAGGCCAUGCCCUUCAUCAUCUCCAUGCUGCUGGCCAGCCUCAACAGCUGCUGUAACCCCUGGAUCUACAUGUGCUUCGCAGGGCAUUUGUUCCAGGAUCUUAGGCAGAAUUUUCUUUGCUGCUCCGCUCGCUACCUCAAGUCCUCCCAGUGCCGCUGUGAGCGUGACUUUGACUCCAGUCAUAAGAGCAACUCCUCAACCUUUGUUAUUAAGAGUACUAGCAGUCAGAGGAGCAUCACUCAGACUUCCACCACAUAAUCACUCACCAUCACAAUCCCCUCCACAGGCCGUCAUCCAUAAAAUAUCCAGCAGUUCGGCUCCCUCAGAUACCUCUUGACCCGCGGCUUGCUGUUCAAGCCCAGACGAGGAAUAACAACAAAAGUUUUAAUUCUUUUAUUUACAGUAAAUUACAGUAUAAAAUGUAAAUGGAAUUGUGAAAUAGAAAAAUGUUGAACAGAUUAUAAUUAAGGGGCAAUAUUUUGUUAAUGAAAGCUUAAAAGAUAAUAAUUGACCAAGCUGAGCAAUCCACUGAAUCUUUUUGUCUGUUAGUUUGUACAUGUUUCUUGUUUUAGCUGUACAGUAUGUAUUUACAUGGGCAGAGGAAGUUAAAAAAAAAAACAACAACAACAACAUUCUUGGCCAACUUCCUUUUUUGAUUCAGUUGUUGUCUCCACCAAAGCUUGCAGAUCCUGUAUGUCUUUGUUAUGAGGAAAUUGCUCACCUGUAGUAAAUAUUGUGUACCACGUUGGUCACUUUGUUACAUUUGCGAUGGAUUGUGUACAUGUAAACUGUCACUUGAGCUUUUGUUUGAUGUGAAGUGUCACGGCUGUCACUGGUAAAGAUUUUUCAAAAGUUUAAAAAACAAAUAAAGAGUGAAAGCAGCAAAACUGCUCUGACAAUGUUGUUAUCUACACCUAGCUGAUACUCAUUAGAACUCUGUUCACCUCCUGAACGGGCUGAAUAAAUGUUUGGCAAGGUUGCUGGAAGUGCUCCAGAGGGAUGUUUGUCCACACUGGAUCAAUAACAUCACUGAGUUCCUCCAAAGUUCUGGCAGCACAUUGAAACUUUGAACAUCCUGUUCAGCAUCAGCCCCAAAGUGCAUUACUGGCUUGGGACCUGGAGACUGUGCAGGUCACUGAAGUGAACUAAAGUGACUCAUGUCUCUGGAGGUACGUUGACGCUACAAUUGCUCCAUGACACGGCACAUUAUCCUGCAGGAUGUGACAAUAAAUGUAAACUGGCCCAUGAAUUCGCUCCAGAAUUCUUCAUUGGAGGUCUAAUUGAGUCUGAAGCUGUUGUUCAGCCAGUUGCUUUUAUGUUCAUUGUAGAUGUUUCAAGAAUAUCAGCUGUCUAGGGAUGUGAUUGGUUUGUUAUUUUAAUUACAGCACAUCAAUAAUCAUUGCCAAUAAUGACGAGUGGCCUGAAUAAAAUCAAACGCUGUACAAUAAAAACAACACAACACAAUAUGCUGUGAUAAAAGUGUUUGUGAGGUCCAUAAUGUUCAGUUUUAGUUGAGACGCUGUGAGACGGGUGUUGAUUCAGCUUUGCACUUUGUUUUUCUGCUCUAUUGUUCAGCUCAUCCUCAUAUUCUGUCUCUGUGCAACCUUACACUGUAAUAAUACAUAAUACAACAAAGUACAACUACACCACAAACUAGAGCCUCAGACACUUUUAUAGGAGGAUUAUUAUAUAUGUCACACAGGGGAGAUGUUGCAGGAAUAUUCAACUCUGUUAUAUUGCAUGGGUUUUGCUUUAAUUUUGUUAUAAUGUUGAUUUCAGGAUUAAUUAAUGUUCCAAAACGGUUCUUUUUAAGCAGUGAAUUACUUCAGUGACUCUACUGCCACAGCAGCGACCCGUUUUAUUUUAUAUGUCCAAUUAGGGGGUUAUGUUUACUUUCGUUAUAACCUUAACACUGUGACGUUUCAUAAGACAAUCUUAUUCCAGUGGAAAACUUUAUGUCAGGAGAAAUUCUGUAAUGUACAUCUUUUAAAGGCCAUAAAUUUGAUGAUCAAAGAUUAUGAGUAAGAUGCCAAUAACUGUGGAGGGCAAUGAUGUGUACAGUAUUGUACAGUAUGUCUGUAAUUGCACAAGUUUAAUUAAUCCUUUGCAGAAGGUAAAAAAAGAAAAUAAACAAAUAAAAUUGUGA